AUGAUGAUCGGAGGCGCGUCGCGGCCGAAGCAGCUGCAGAACAUCGUGGAUCGCCCCAUGAGCCGCGGCAAGUCCGAGGUGAGUCUGAGUGCGCUGGCGUUUCUCUUCUCGGAGAUGGUGCAGUACAGCCAGACGCGGGUCAACAACAUUGCAGAGCUUGAGAGGAAGCUGGAGGACCUGGGGUAUGGCAUAGGGCUGCGCAUGCUAGAGCUGCUGGUGCAGCGCGAGAAGGGCAACAGGCGGGAGACGCGGGUGCUGGGCAUUCUGUCCUUUGUGCACAGCACGGUGUGGAAGGCUCUCUUUGGCAAGGUGGCGGAUUCACUGGAGAAGAGCACAGAGCAUGAGGACGAGUACAUGAUCAGCGAGAAAGAGCUGCUCGUCAACAGGUUCAUCUCAGUGCCUAGAGACAUGGGUGCGUUCAACUGUGGCGCCUUCGUUGCAGGCAUUGUCAAGGGCGUGCUGGACAAUGCGGGCUUCCCGGCGCGAGUGACAGCUCACUACGUGCAGGUGGAGGGGCAGCAACGGCCACGCACCACCAUCCUCAUCAAGUUCGCCGACGAGGCUCAUCCGCUGUCAAUUCCCCCCACUAUUUUGACACUGGCUAACGUCUACCCCCCUGGAUUUGAUUCUUCUUCUGGUUCACUGCUGGCCUCGUUUCCCACACACUUCCAACUCUCCCUCCUCAUGUUCCUCCCUCCCAUCCUCCCACACUUACCCAAUCGCCCACGCCUCUUUCUCUUUCCCCCUCCCCUCCUCCUGCCCCCCCAUAUCUCGCCCUCUUUUCCCAUCUCUCCUCCUCUCUAA